CCUCUCGAGUGUUCACGGACCGGCUUUGACCCUUCCAAUAUGGCGGAUGGACACAACAGUCUGCUCAAGGUCGGUUAUCGCGAUAUUCCUCGAGGUUUCCGGUGUUGUGAAUGUGUCUGGUAAAGAUGGCGGUCAGCAUCCGAGGCCGUCCUAUCCGAAGUAUACGGAUGCGAGGUCGAAAUGACAGUGGGGAGGAAAAUGUACCGCUCGAUCUCACAAGAGACCCUUCUGAGAACAUGCGAGAGAUCCUCCAGAAUGUGGCCAAACAACAAGGAGUCUCGAACAUGCGCAAACUUGGCCACCUGAACAACUUUAUCAAGCUGCUCUGCAAUGUCGGGCACUCUGAGGAAAAGUUCGGCUUUACCUAUGACGAAAUUAUCAUAUGCCUCAGGUUGGCUCUGCUCAAUGAGGCUAAGGAGGUACGGGCAGCUGGCUUGCGUUCUCUCCGCUACCUCAUCAGAGACAGUAAUAUCCUUCAGAAAGUACUGCGUCUCCAGGUGGAUUACUUGAUUGCCAGGUGCAUUGACAUCCAGCAGAGUAAUGAGGUGGAACGCACUCAAGCUCUCAGAUUGGUGAGAAAGAUGAUCACUGUGAACGCCCUGCUCUUCCCAAGCUCAGUCGCAAACUCCCUCAUUGCCGUGGGCAACGAUGGACCGCAGGAGCGGGACCGUAUGGUUCGAGCCUGCAUCGCCAUUAUCUGUGAACUCGCACUGGAGAACCCAGAGAUUGUGGCCAAGAGGGGUGGUCUCAGCACCAUCCUAAAGAAUGUAAUCGACUGUCAGCUCAGUCGAAUCAAUGAGGCUCUGAUCACCACCAUCCUGCACCUGCUCAAUCACCCACAUACACGGCAAUACGUUCGCUCUGACGUGGAGCUAGAGCAAAUCCUUGCACCUUACACAGACUUUCACUACAGACACAAUCCAGACACAGCAGAGGGUCAGCAAAAAGAAGACAGGGAGGCUCGAUUUCUGGCCAGUAAGAUGUCAAUUGUUGCUUCGCUUCGCUCUUGGUCAGGCAUCAUUAAUCUCUGCAAGUCAGGGAACUCUGGAAUCCAGUCUCUCAUUGGUCUGCUGUGUAUACCAAAUAUGGAAGUGAGGCGAGGUCUGUUGGAAGUGAUGUAUGAUAUAUUCAGACUCCCUGUUCCCGUGGUGACACAAGAUUUUAUAGAAGCUCUUCUCAGUGUGGACCCCAGUAGGUUUCAAGACAGCUGGAGACUGUCAGAUGGCUUUGUAGCAUCAGAAGCAAAAAUAAUACUUCCGCAUAGGGCACGCUCCAGGCCUGAUUUGAUGGAUAACUAUCUCGCCUUGCUACUUUCUGCUUUCAUCCACUGUGGACUUUUAGAGGGCCUGGUUGAAGUGAUCACUAGCAGUGAUGAUAGCAUUUCAGUGCGUGCAACCAUCCUCUUAGGAGAACUCCUGCAUAUGGCAAACACCAUUCUCCCUCACUCCCAUAGUCACCACCUGCACUGCCUGCCCACACUUAUGAACAUGGCUGCUUCUUUUGACAUUCCUCAGGAGAAAAGACUGCGGGCCAGUGCUGCGGUCAAUUACUUGAAGCGUUUUCAUGAGAAGAAGAAACGAGGCCCCAAACCCAACAGUCUUUACUUGGACCACAUUAUUCGCAAAUCGCUGGCUGCUCAUUACUGUCGGGACCAGCACCUCAGGCCCCAAAGGGACAUUUUUGUCAUAAAGGACACUGAGGAGGCCCUGAUGAUGAUCCUCAGAGACAGUCAGAUUCUCAAUCAUAAACAGAAUUUGGACUGGAACUGGGUCCUGAUAAGUACCAUACUCAAGUGGCCAAAUGUCAACCUUCGAAACAACAAAGAUGAACAGAUGCACAAGUUUGUGCGAAGGCUGCUGUUCUUCUACAAGCCUAGCAGCAAGCUGUAUGCUAGCCUGGAGCUGGACCAUAGCAAGGCCAGACAAUUAACGGUGGUGGGCUGUCAGUUCAUUGAGUUCUUGCUGGAGUCAGAUGAGGAUGGCCAGUUGUAUCUUGAAGAUCUGGUGAAGGACAUUGUGCAAUGGCUGUCGUCAUCCUCUGGGCUGAAACCAGACCGUAGUCUGCAGAGCAACGGCCUCCUCACCACUGUCAGCCAGCACUACUUCCUCUUCCUCGGCACCCUCUCAGCCCACCCGCAGGGUGUUAAGAUGCUUGAGAAGUGCAGUGUCUUUCAAUGCCUGCUGAACUUGUGCUCCUUGAAGAACCAGGACCAUCUUCUGAAGCUGAUCAUUUCCACGCUGGACUACGGCCGGGAUGGUUUAGCACGAGUCAUUCUCUCAAAGAUCCUCACUGCUGCCACUGACAACUGCAGGCUGUAUGCCACCAAGCAUCUGCGGGUGUUACUCCGAGCUAACGUAGAGUUCUUCAGCAACUGGGGUAUUGAACUGCUGGUGACUCAGCUACAUGACCGCAACAAGGCCAUCUCAGUGGAGGCUUUGGACAUACUCGAUGAGGCCUGUGAGGACAAGGCAAACCUACAUGCUCUGAUUCAGAUGAAGCCAGCACUAACUCACCUUGGAGACAAGGGUGUCCUGUUACUGCUACGGUUCUUGUCCAUUCCAAAGGGGUUCUCCUAUCUAAAUGAGAGGGGAUAUGUCACUAAACAGCUGGAAAAGUGGCAGAAGGAAUACAACCUUAAGUAUGUGGACCUCAUAGAGGAACAGCUAAACGAAGCGCUCACUACUUACCGUAAACCAGUGGAUGGGGAUAACUAUGUGCGACGGAGCAACCAAAGGUUACAAAGACCAAAUGUUUUUCUUCCUGUGCAUUUGUAUGGGCAACUUGUACAUGAUAAGACAGGCUGUCAUUUGCUGGAAGCUCAGAAUGUAGUUUCAGAUCUGAGCUACACAGUGCGCUGCCCAGUGCUGGACAAAUGGGAGGGCAUCAAACAACUUAAAGCUGCUCUUUGGGCCCUGGGAAACAUUGGCACAUCUAACUGGGGACUGAACCUCUUACAGGAAGAGAAUGUGAUUCCAGAUAUCGUCACUCUUGCGCAUAACUGUGAGGUUCUGUCUAUUAGGGGGACGUGUCUUUAUGUUCUGGGACUCAUGUCUAAAACUAAGCAGGGCUGUGAGCUGCUCAAACUGCACGGUUGGGAUGCAGUCAGGCACAAUCGCAGAGAACUUUGGCCUGUGGUGCCAGAUGAGGUGGAGCAGCACCAGAACAUACAGCAGCAGCAACAACAGCAGCAACCCCUCAUCCACCUGUCCUCAGUGCCCAGCACCCUUAGCCUGAACUCGGAGUCCACCAGCUCUAGACAUAACAGCGAGAGUGACUCCACUCAGCCUAGCAUGUACAUCCUGGAUGAUGAUAAGUUGGAAAGUUCUGAGCUGUCAGAGGACCAGCCACUGUACUUCAGGCCCAAACUCCUAAAGGACCGUAGCCCCUUCACCAUAUUGGCCUCCAGCCGACUUGUCCGAAACCGUUUCCUCAUCUCCCUUUCCGGAAAGAAACUCCGUAGUACCAGUGACCCCAAAGGCACUGGCAGCAGCAGUAAACUCCAUGGCGAGGCCACUCUAGGAGGCCUCAGGAGGAUACGCACAGUCACAGAGCCCUCUAUAUUCUCUCAAGGUCAGGGAGAUGUCUUCAGUCCAGUAUUUACUGACGGGCAUCUGCCGAAAAGCCCAAGCAUUAGUCUGGAGACCUCUUUUGUGGGCAGCAAAACUUCGGACACUCAGGGCAGUACAUCUAGCAUUGGGGAGCCAGAGGUACGACAGAACAGAAAUGCAGAACGGAGCUCAGGGGUUGGAGAUGCCCACCGAGAGCAGACCAGUCGGGAAAGGCUGGCAGGUGAUGGCCCAACCUCUGGGGGCGGGGCUCAGUUUAAAAGCCGUAGCCAGAGUUUCAACACGGACACAACCACCAGCGGCAUCAGCUCCAUGAGUUCCAGCCCAUCCCGAGAGACGGUGGGUGGUGUGGACUCUUCCACCAUUGACACGGACUGCGUUAGCCUCAAUACGGUCAUUAGCACUCAAACUAUCAAAACACUUAACUCUCUUACACCCCAGUCCAACCACCUGCCCCUAUCCAAAUCUAACUCGGUACUGCUGAUGCCCCCGGGUUCUUCUCAUACUUUACCCCGAAGGGCUCAGUCUCUGAAAUCGCCCUCUGUCACGACCAUCUCAAGCCUGACUGACUGUAGCUUCAUGUACACCAGCCCUCGGGAUGCACUAGGCUACGCUACCCUCAAACGACUGCAGCAACAGCGCAUCCACCCCUCCCUUUCCCAUAGCGAGGCGCUCGCCUCGCCUGCCAAAGACGUGCUCUUCACCGAUGCCAUCACCAUGAAAACCGGCAGCCUGGACUCCAGACUCACGCCACGCAGGUAUACUAAAAAGCGCUUCAGAUGUCUGGGCCAAGGUUCAAGCAGGCCCCAUCGCAGAUCUCUGCUGCCACGGUUUCUCAAGGCUCUGAGUUUUGCAUCCCUGGAUAAAGAGGAUCUUCUGAGCCCCAUCAGUCAGACCUCCUUGCAGCGCUCCUCCUCAGUGCGCUCCAUGGUGUCCAGUGCCACAUAUGGCAACUCCGAUGACUACAUUGGCCUUGCACUGCCAAUGGACAUCAACAGCAUGUUCCAGAUUAAAGACAUACCAUACUUCCAGAAAAGGACGAGUCCACCGUCAGAGGACCGAUCAGCAAAGUUCUUCUCGGGAGAUGCAGAUGGUUCCAACGAAGGAUCCAGGCAUUCUGUUCUGCGGUCUCAGCUUAGUAUCACAGAGCUGCUUGCAGUGAGCCGUACGGACCAGCAGCAGCUGCUGGGUGCAGAGGAGACUGGCCUGCAGGAGCACAAUGAGGAGAACUGCCUUUACUGUGCAGGGCUAUGUGUGCUUGGCUGCAAUUCAAACACUCCCACACAAAGCCGCACUGACUAUCCCGACGCUCCAUUCUCGGAAUGGUGCAACCAGUCCAUACACAACCUGGAAGUCAUGCCUCAGUCUAAGUACUCAGGAGUGUCUGGCUGCAGCGACGCUGUCUCUCAGGGCUCUGGUGGAAGCACUCGCAGCACAGAGCUUGUUCUUGGGGUGAAAAACAUUCCAGAGGAUGCUCCAGCCUGCCGUGUUCUUCUGAGGAAGGAGGUGCUUCGCCUGGUCAUUAACCUGAGCUCCUCAGUGGGGACUAAAGGGAAUGAAACUGGACUCCUCACAAUCAAGGAAAAGUUUCCUUAUGCAUUUGAUGACAUCUGCCUGUAUUCUGAAGUUUCUUACUUGCUGGCUCACUGCAUGUUCAGACUGGCUUCAAGACGCUUCAUUCAGGAACUCUUCCAAGAUGUUCAGUUCAUUCCGAUGUACGAGGAGGCCGAGAGCAUUCUGUCAAUGCCCAAGAAGUCUACCACAGUAGAUCUUCCAUCAGAGCUGUGAUCUUCUUUUUUCCGUGAUCCAUUUUUCAGACAAUUCUCUUCCCUGAGCAGCAAGCUGUCAAUCCAUUUCCUUGGCCUGACCAUGCGCUUAAGAUUAAUACGCAAUAAGAGACUAGGGCUAUGGGACAGACUUGGGUGGACCGAGAGAGUCACCUGGGAUGUUUCCACAGAAACAAGAGCGGUACCUUAAGAGAACAAACUCUUUUUAUCUGAACAAAUACACUCUACACAGAUGCUCUGUUGACAUUGGAUGUUGUAACCAAAAAAUCCUUGUGACUGACAGUUAUGAACUGUAAAAUGCAAAUAUUUGAACUGAGUCAAUGCAAAUUGUAUUUCAAACACAAGCGAGCAAAAUCAUUCAAGACUCUCUAGGAAGUUUAUCAGCUUCCAUCUAUUCCGUUCAGUCAAUGUUGUUCUUUUUUAAGGGCGUAUGCGUCUGAUUGCACGAAACAUAACCAUUUUUUCCCUGAGGGGAUCCCUCAACACUACAACAUUCCAGUUUUGGAAUUCUCUGUUACUAAUUCUGGUUAUUUAAAGAAUAUGAAGAAAUGGCUUUCACAACCAGGCUGAGCAAACACUAUGCUUUAGUCUUGCUGUGAUUUGCUAUGUAAGACAAUCAUCAAGUAAUAAUAACGAGCAACUGCCAGUUUUUAUUUCCCUUUUGUACCCGACUCAUGAAAGGGUCGUUUCUGCUUAUUUGAACCAUUUUUUAUCUUGACAUAGCACAUAGCAAUCCCUGAGUAAAUGUAUGUAACAUGUAUUUGAUGGUGUUGUUACACAAUCACGCGGUAGAGACUGUUUUAUUGUGUAACGUUGUUAACUGACCUCUGAAACAUCAUCCAAAAAAAUCUGACAUUUGAACCAUUAAGAUAUUUAUUUAUUUAUUGACUUAUUUAUUGUUUGGUCCAAGCAGUUUCUCUGUCCUUUUCACAUCACUUUAGCUCAUUAGCCAGGAUAAAACUCUCUGUAUAUUAAUUCUGUAGACAAUGGGCUCAAAAGAGGAAGUUAAAGUGCAUUUCACCAUUGCUGUUUGCAAUUUUUACUCUCUCAAGUAAUCCAUAGCAACCAAUAUUGCUCCCAGAAAGUUUCCUCUUUCUGCAGAGAAAGGCAAUAGUUAUUGAAGCAUUAAUAAACCACAACUUGCCAAACAUAUUUCACAGAAUUUGUUAUGAGAAAUACUUUUGUACUUGAUUAUCUCAUUGGGAUUGCUAUUAAUGCUUUUUAACCUGAAUGUGAUCAGGAGAUUUUGAACAGUUAAAAAACAUUUCAUCAUAUUGGGUCGAAAUUUGUGGUUAAACGGACAAUAAAUGAUUGAUAUUGAUCCUCAAUCCACUACGCAAAAAGAUACGUUCUGCUCAAAUUCAAAUUGUCGGCAUAUAAAAUACUAUGCUUUAUCAUUAUCACUAUUUAUUAUAGCUAUUCACAGUUUUGUGGAUAGCAGUUUUGGUUUAAUGAGGUAACAAAAUGUCUUUAGGGUUUGGAUGAAUCUAGUUUAUGAUUGCAUAAAAAAACUACCAAAAAUGGUUAGAUCCCCAUAAAUUUGAGGUUCAUAUUUAAAUUAUUUCUAUUUAAUGUGCCUGUUAAUUCUAUAUGCACAGUUGACUUAUUGAAGAUAGGACGAUCAACUCAUUCUCUUGGCUGGACCAUUUGUUUUUUAGGCAGCUUUAAUUAUUUUGCCUUAACUGUAUUAGCUUUAACUCAAUUAUGAUUAAUGAAUUUGCCCUUUUUUCUUGUUAUAUUUAUUAUAGAAACUAAUAAAUCUGCCUUUGCCUGCCUUGGCUUUUGAAUUAAGCUUCAGGUUUCAACUAAUCAUUCUGAUAUGGCCAGCAAUACUAGUAGUUGUUACAGUUUUUCCUUUUAAGAUUCUGGAGAACACUUUUAAAUGCAUGAGCAUUCUAAUCCCUAUCUGCAGUAUAAUGGAUCGAAGUAAUAGAAAUAUGAGAGCUGUCAGUGAGCAACAGAUUAACUAUUGAGUGGUACAUGUAUAUGAUGCUGUUGAAAUAAUAACAAAAUAAUAGGUUUUAUACUAGCUGGACAUAAGACAGAUUAAGCCACCCUUAAAAUACGCUUUUUGAACAAAAUACACCCGGAAUCUGCGCCUAAUGUAUUCUGAACUGUUCUCAGAAAAUUAGUCAUUAGUAUCAGAAUGUGUGUUGAAAAUAUCCCAGAAUGCUGAUUCUUUGUGGGUCUUUUUUUCCACUGUGUUAAAUUGUGUUUUGUUAUUUUCUUAAUUUUUUUUUUUUUUUUUUUUCUCACUAGGGGUGUUAUGUGACCGGAAGCCAGUGUUCAAUUGUUUUCAAAAGAAUUUUGAAUUGGUUGUACUGGUCUACAAAAAUCUUUGAAAUAAUAAAAAAGUGCCAGUUAUUGCAAACGUAACAAUUGUAUUUGUCAAACAAGUUCCAAGUAUUUUAAAGGAGUUGUUUUUCCAUCACUAUUAAUGCUAAGAGUGUAAAGGAAAUGUGUAUAUUUUUAAUGUACAUUUGUUCAUUGUACAACUAAACCUAAUUGCACCUUUCAGUGAUUUUUUUUUUUUUUUUUUUUUUCUUUUCCUUUUAAGUGGACUCAUGAUUUUGCAGAGCACUGUAUGAAAUUUAAACACCAUUUAAUAAUGAAAUUGCAAAGACUGAUGCAAGAAGUGUUAUUUAUAUUUUUCCUGAAGGGAAAACAUCUAAAACUGUUGUACAUACUUCCAUAAUAUUUCCAUAAUUAUGAGCUAUAAUUUAAUGUGUUUUGGGGGGCAUUAGCUAUGGGCCUUGGGAAUCUAAUGGAAGGGAUGCAUCCGUGAUAAAAAUAAACCUACAUUUUCUUGACAGAUUUA